AUGCCAACAAUACACAGUCCAAAUUGUUUAAAUACAGAAAAUGAAAAUCCCGCGGAAAUUGAACUACAAGAAGAUAGUGCUGUUGUUGAUGAUAAUGAUGAUGUUGAUGGUGACGACAACGACGACGAAGACGUUGACGACAUCGAUGGAGAUGCUGACGAAUGUUCUGAAUUGAACUCAAAUGACUCUUCAUAUUCAACCAGUUCAAUAGAUCCUUAUCAUAAAUUGUCAUUAUUAAAGAGAAAAUCAAUCCUAUCGUCGAACAAAUUGGAUUUUCAACGAUCAUGUCAUCAUCAGCAUCAUCAUCAUCAGCAUAGUCAUCGUAAUCCUCACCAUCAUCAGCAUCAUCAUCAUCAGAAUCAUGAGUUGAAUAAAUCGAAGAAACCACGUAAAUCUAGAACAGCAUUUACUGAUUUACAGCUGAAUGAAUUAGAGAAAAUGUUUGAUCGACAAAAAUAUCUCAGUGUACAAGAUCGUAUUGAAUUAGCGGAAAGAUUGCAUUUAACCGAUACACAAGUGAAAACAUGGUAUCAAAAUCGAAGAACAAAAUGGAAACGUCAAACUGCUGUCGGUUUUGAAUUACUCUCAGAAGCGGGAAAUUUUGUAGCAGUUCAACGUAUUCUACAAACUAAUCCUUAUUGGGCUUAUCAUCCGGCAGCACAAACAAUUUUAGCCAAUAUGGAGGCGAUUAUGAAAAAGAAGACUGAUUUCGAUUUGACCACUGAAUCAGAUCAAACUAACAAUAAUAAUGAUCAUAACAAAUUAAAUCUUUUGAAAAAAAUUAAUCAAACUGAACACACUGAAACAACAACCACUACUACUACUACUACUACUACUACUACUAAUACUACUAUCAACACUACUCAUGAUCAACAUUCAAGGUUGAAUGAUCAAAAUUCAAUUUCUUUCCAGUCAUCCUCUGAAUUCAAUAUUCAAACAUCCUUGUCAAAAUCCAAUUAUCCCGUUGAUCAUGUAGACAAUCCUUUAAAAUUGAACACAUCAAAUGAAUUCACCACAAGUAUAGAAUCUUCCACAAUCGUGAAUAGUUUCCCAUUAAGCAUCAAUAAUAAUACAACAGCCAGUGGUCAUUUGAAUUCCACGUGUACAAUAGCCGACACUAGUCGAUCAUUGAUUGAUUUGCCAGAUUGGUGGCCUUUUAAAUCAGCCAUUAAAGAUUUCGCACAGUGUCAUCAAACUAGAAAAAUUCAACAUUAUUCCAAUGAAUUCAAAUACGAUUCAUUGAUUUCUUCUUCUUCAACAACAACAACAACCACAGCCACAACAUCAUCAUGUACAACAUUAUCAGCGCCGAAUUCAAUUCAAUCAUACACAACCUCACCAUCGUCAUCGUCAUGUGGUCGUCCUUCAGACAAUGCAUUGAUCACAACAGAACAAAUGAAAAUGUUCCCAGUCAACUUACCGAUGAUCAAUUCACAACCGUAUACGCCAUUCAAUAAUCUAUGGUCAGAUUUAUCAACUUGGAAUAGCAAAGAUCUUCUAUCGAUUACACAAAAUGUUCCAUUAAUCAAUAAUCUGUUUCGUUUCAGUUGUAUCCCGCCAAAUUGUAGUAUAUCAACAAAAGAUCAACAAUUAGUUUAA